CGGGUGUUAUAGAUUGCAGAGCAUUGUGUUAGCGUAGCAUGUGUAGUCCCUCUACAGCUACGUAAAUCCGCCCGAGAAGGCAGGUAAAACUGUGGACGGCGGACUUCAUCCUAUCCUAUCCUUAAAUGUCCCCGUAGAGAGAAUCAGAAGAGACAAAGAAAUGUCAGCAUCGUCUUUCGGUUUCGGUGUCUUUCUGUUUCUGUGCUCAAAUCAUCCCUGAAAAUCUCCCAAAGGCGCUUUGCUCUUAUAACAUUCUUUUUUACACCACAGACGCCAGUAUGAAUGAAUGAAUGAAUGAAUGUACCCACUCUUGGGGUUAGACAGUGUUUACUUCUCUACUACUCUACUUCUUCGCGCAUCUAGCUUCGUGUGUGCGCAUUAUUUCGACCCUUUUAGCUUUGGCUUUUAGGGACAUGUCUUCUGAUUAGAUUUGAGUAUGACUACAGCUAUCUUCCAUUAAAUGAGUUGAUAUCUUUUUAGUCUCUCACAACUUUUUCAUGCUUACUCUCUUUCAGUGGUCAACAAAAAAAUCUAUGAAUCCAACAUGGGAGGCACAGCGCAUUCGAUUCCCCUUGAUACCUUGUGGCAUCAAGGUGCUUCCAAGGGUGCUACCGGAUCUACCACCCAGUCUGCCAGGAGCAAAAGAAGUACAACAACAUCCUUCCUUCUCGAAAAAGUCCCCAUUACAUCGUUAAACUGCGUCAAGGACUACCACCAACAGCUCUGUCCGUUCGCUUGGUUCGUCGGUCCGGAUGGCGACACUUGUCGCGCUCCCGAUGGCUACACAGGUCCUUGUCAUUCGAUUCUGCAUGGGAUGAGUCAGUUGUCGAUGUUACGGAAUUGGUCACUUGUAUUUUUUCUUAGUACAUUUAUUAAUAGAAAAAAAUGAUACAGUGUAGUUGUUGUGGUCAUAAACGGUAGAGCAAAGAGAAAACCUUGUUCUUAGAUAGUACGCCUCUAACACCCGAGGACAAACACCGUCUCGAGAAAGAUUGUGAAGCACCUUGGGCCUGCCGCGGGUUGUACGAUGCUGAGGGGCCAUAUCUAGAUCCCUCAUUGCUGACGGGCAAAGCGGAUGCCUUGUUGAAGAGGAGACUGCAGAUGUUUUUGAAACCAGCAGAGCAAUGUUUUUACAGAAGGUUGAAGAACCAAUGGCUUUAUCGAGUCAUGGCAGAGGAGGGGAAAACGCUGACCUACGAGAGCUUCCCGAAGUUAAUCAAUGAAGCAGGAUGCCAGGUCCAAUGCGCUUUACGACCACGCAGCGAAUGCGCUUUCUACAGCUAUCUGCCCUUAAAUUUUCCGGAGCCUUUGCGCGGUCGCUGCGUCAUGCUAAGUCAAGACGUUGUGCGGCGACUGGGACAGAAGCAGGUCGUUGUUACGAAGAUGAAGUUGUAGAUUAACCGAUUUUCAGAACUAAUACUUGUAAUGCUUCUAAUACUCGCACUCUACUGUACAGUCCCACUUACAAUUCCAUGUCCUCAUUUCUUCUAAGACAAGCCAAACGCCUCAUCACCUGAUAAAGUUCGACCGGCUAGACCUUGGCCCGAAAGAAGGCGUCAACAGCGGUUUUCGAGGAGAGUGUAUCAAUCUGAAUGCAGCUCCCUUCGAUAGUCUACAACUUCCGGGUACGGCGAAACUUCAAACUCCGAAGGGACACAGACAUAAAGACAAUAGUACUGACGUUGUCGACAACGAUAGACCCCCACGCCCCAUAAAGUUUUCGACUACUGGAAGUGCGGCUGAUUUCCUCUUUGGUGCUGGAAGCGUAGGGCGUAAUGGACCGUUAAUCAGCGGAUCUGGGCCUCAUGGGAUAGUGGUCAACCCGAAAGUGAGCAACUGGCUGAAACUGAGUCCUUUUCCCAGUGUGGCAGUAGCGUGAAUGGAUUUCGCCGUUGUGGCUUUCGCCUGAACUCACCUCGCCCACGCCCAGGGGGUCUGAAUUCACUUGUUCCCCUGUCCCACCCAGUAUAGCUGUGACAUGAAUACUUGAUGGUAAAUUUGCAAUUGACGCCACUGAAUCCUUUUGUAAUAAGCAUCCUCGUAAUUAUUGAGUAUGUGCAGUUCCAAUACAUACCGCUUUGCAUUCAUUGU